AUGUCUUCCACCUGCGACGUUUGCGGCGCGCAGCCGCCCAAAUACAAGUGCCCUAAUUGCACUAUCAAAUACUGCUCUCUCACCUGCUUCAAAUCCCACAAGCCCACCCACGACGCUGCCGAAUCCUCCUCCGCCGCCCCCACAGUAUCCCAAACCGAAACCAUAACCACUACCACCGCGUCCGCACCCGCACCCACACCCGCACCCAACCAAACCGCCGCCGCGACCGCCGACCCCCUCACAACCCUCCUCUCCUCCCCAGCCCUGCAGCACCUCCUCGAGACCAACCCCACCCUCCGCGCCACCCUCCGCUCCAUCUACGCCUCCACCAUCGAGCCCGACCCCGAGGAAUGGGCCGAACAGCAGCGCCGAGCGCAGCAGCGACACAGCAUGAGCUUUCGAGGACGAGGACGGGGAGGGCGUGGUGGACGCGGCGGCGGUAGAGGAGGAGGGCCCGAUAUGAACGGGCAGAGGCCGCGCGGGCCGUGGAAGCAGGAGUUCGCGGACAAGCGCGCCGUGGAGCGGAUCGUGCGGGCGCAGCAGGAGAGCGAUAAUCUCGAUGCUGGGGGGGAGGGGAUGAGGGAGUUUGUGGAGUUGGUGACGGCGGCGGUUGCCGCGGCGGGGAACGAAGAUGGAGAUCAGCGGAUGGAUGAGGGCGGUGACUGA